AUGGAUAGCUUUUACUAUGCGGCUCUCUCGCUGGACGCGCCGGCCACAUCUCUCGUCCCGCAUUUUGGAGUCCCUCCCUACGCACCCGACGCGUACACCUUUAUCGGGCUGGAUGUCGCCUUGAUGGAAGUGAUCCCGACCGAUGCCGAGUUCGCGCCCGGCCCAGAGGUUAUUCGUAUUGUCUACGGUGGCUGCCUUGCGGAUGUGCUGCAUUGCAUGUCCGAUAACGCAUGCGGUCCCACCGGAGCGGACGAUGUGCCUCAUGUUUUGCCCUGCCGCUCUAUUGGUGUCCGUGCCAUUGCGCCCUCCGUCGACAUUGUAAAGUACAAGCUGCCCGUCAGUGGGCCGCCGGACGCACUGCGCGACCCGUUCGCGAUCACGAAGGUCCUCGGUCCGCUCAGAGGGUUGAAUCUCAUCCCUCCGCAAGCUUCCGUCGUUUUGGGGCCUGGAUCCUACUGCCCACAGACCACGCUUCAGUGGUACCUGUGGCUCGACUACAUAAAGGCCUCCGUCAUCGUCAUCCCGGCACCGGUCUUCAAGAACGGGAGACCAGCUUCUCCACGCGGUAUGCCGCAGCUGCGCGUUUUAGCUGGCUAUCUGCGCGACGGACAUGUCAACAGUUGGGGCGGACAUCACUGGGAGCGGCACCUCCGCUGCGUGCGGGUUGCGGUGGAGUGUCUCACCGACGCCGAGCCUGUAGAGGUGCAGCUACGGGAUUUGACGCGUUGUGGGGAGAGCAGGAUUGACAGUAAACGCGCUGGCAUUAAACUCAAGUGGGUCCUUCUGUAA